AUGAAUGCCCCUCCGGCGCUUGGGUAUCCGCCCGGCGUGUCGCUGGCCCCGCCAGCAGAUCGCCAGGUGUCUCCCACUGCUGUAAACUUUGGUUCCAAUAAUCCAUUUCGAAACCGUGCCUUGUCGCCCUCUGUUGGCUCGACCACCAAUUCUCGCCCAGAACGACCUCGGUCUACCAACCCUUUCCUGGACGACACCGAGGCAAUGUCCCCACAAUCUGCCCCGGGAUUAUCGACUGGUGCCACGAUGUUCUCUCCGAUCGAGAAGCCGGACAUGACCAACAACACUCGGGACCUCUUUGAGAACCUCUCGCUCAAUCCUACACCGCAGUCGAACGGCACUCGACCGGCUCCGCCUCUGGCUGCCCCGGCCCCUCCCCCUAAAGCGACACAACGCAUGCCGUCAAAUCGCAGCCAACCCCCGAGGGAGCGCCCACCCGGACGGCCCAUGGAGUCGCGACAAAAAGAUCCACUGGAUAUCUUUGCCGAUCCUUCCAGCCAGACCAAGCCUGCGCUGAUGGACCCUCGGGAGAGGUCUAGCCGCAGACCCCGCCGAAACUCCGAAUCCUCUGUUAUGGAACGGGCAUCAAAACUGUUUGAUGAUGAUGACGAGCGCCGCCGGCGGGAGAGGCGCCAUCGCGAUCGCGAGGGCCGUCACCGUGAUGGCAAGCAUCGCUCCUCCCGAAAGAAUCGGCAGCUGGACAUUAUCGACAAGCUGGACGUUACGAGCAUCUAUGGUACUGGCAUGUUCCAUCACGAUGGCCCAUUCGAUGCAUGCAAUCCUCAUCGCAACCGCAAGGGUGCGCGCACCGCUCCCAUGCAGGCUUUUCCGAAGGGUUCCACCAACAUGGCUUUGGGUGGUGCAGGCCCCAACCGAUCCAACAUUGAUCUGAACCUUUUCCACGGCCGCAUGGAGGAAGGCUAUAAUGACUUCUCAUCCGCCCUUCCCCUCCGCACCAACACCGAGACGGCCAGCUUCGACCCCAAGGCUCGGGUGGAUCCUAUUCACGGGGCGGAGAGUAUGGGUCUGGGAACCAGUACAUUCUUGGAUGGUGCGCCCGCUAGUCGCUCGGCGAUGGCACGGCGCGAGAGUGAGAACGAGGCGCAGAUUACGCAGAACGGUGGUCUCCAGCGCAAGAAGAGUCUGGCGCAGCGACUGCGUGGACGUGGCGCAGGGCCUGGCCGCGUCGUCUCCCCGACAGAGAACAUGGCCGGCUCGGCACCCAUCAGCUCGAGUCACAUGGGGUCUUUGCGCGGGAAUGAAAGGAGCCCGUAUGCCCAGGAUCAUGACGAAGAAUGGGACAAGAAGGGAGCCCGGAUUCAAGAAUCGCGCCUGGAGACGGAGCCUGGCCGGCUGCGCUCGUCCAGUAGCCCGAAGCAGUCGACGGGGCUGGAGCGCAAGUAUACCAACGAGCGGAACUACGACGAGUCGAAGCUCAAUCCCGGCGGCGGCGGUUUCCUCAACCGUAUGAAGAGUCUGCGCAAGCCGCGCCCAGAGCGCCGGACUAGCGACUAA